AUGGAGAUGGUUCUGGACCCUCUUUCCUGUGGUAGACUCCAGCCUUUUAGAGAAAACAGGGGGGAGUGUAGUAUCUGUGCGACUGUCCCGUGGUACGACUUACUGUCUGUAUUACGCGUUUGCAACGUCCUGAAUGGUGACUGUGAAGAUAUUUGCGUGCCGAUACAAAGUGGGAGAAAAUGUGAAUGUGAUUUUGGCCUACAUCUUCAAACCGAUUUGAAAACUUGUGACAGCGAUGUUUAUUCGAGGAAUUUCUUGAUUGUGAGUGAUAACUCCCAUGGAAGGAUCCUUCAGAUUGAUAUAAACACAGGCAAUGUUGUUAAAUUACCAAUCAAUAUAAAGAAUGCUCCAGGAAUAGCAUUUGAUAGGUCUACAAAGGAACUUAUCUACUCCAGUGCCUCGGAAAAGACUAUUAUUAUCUUUCUUAUACUCCGCAUGAUGUAUCAUAUAUUAUUUAUUUUUGUCGUCAUUGCAUUCAAUCUGAUAUUCACAGGACACGAUUAUGCUGAUCGUUUGACCAUUGACUAUUCAACGGGAAAUAUAUACUAUUCCGCAGUAGCCCCUAUCCCGAAUCAAAGUUUUAUUGGAGUUGUAAAUAAAAAAAGUUUUGGUUCUAAGACGUUGUUGUCCAACCUGCACAGACCAAAAGAUAUCGUUCUUUAUCCAUCAAAAGGAUAUUUAUACUGGACGGAAAUUGGAAGUAGCAAAGAAAUAAGCAGAUCGUAUAUGGACGGAAAAUCACAAACCUACAUAGCAACAACAAAUAUUGGAUUUCCAACUGGUCUCGCAAUUGACUUUAAUUCCAACAGACUUUACUGGACAGAUGCAUCCAAAGAUCAUAUAGAGUACUCCGACUUGAACGGAGAAAACAGAAACGUUUUAACAACAGAUAAAGACUCAUUUCCCAUGGGAAUCAUUGUUCUCGGACAAUAUCUUUAUUACAUAGCGUCAAAUAGACAAAGCGUAACAAAGAUAAACAAAGCAACGGGUUCAAAAGUGACAUUUAUGUCAAACCAUCCAGAGCUGGGGGAGCUUGAUAGUAUUGAUGUAUACACAGAUGAUUUAGUUGAUGUGAGUUUGAGUUGCUCCAUCAAUAACGGUAAUUGUAGUGCCUUCUGCUUUCCAACACCAAAUGGAAGAACCUGUGGUUGUGAGGACGGUGUAGAUCUAUUAUCAGAUCAAACCACGUGUCAAGGAGGAAACACAUCCUCACAACACACUAACGAAGAAAGUUUUGGAAUAUACAGUACGUAUUUCGUCAUUGGAUCAUCACUUGCAGCCAUCGCUGGAAUCAUUUUUGCUGUAGCUCUUGCAAUAGCGUGUUCUCUUAAAAGAAGAAUUGCUUCUCG